UGGCGCCCUAUACCCACGUGUUUCUGUACUUGUGCCGAUUUCAUGUAUGGUUGUUUAUCAUUUCACAUGUCCAAACGUAAGAUUUUGAACGACAGAAUUAGAACGGAGCCAGAGGAUCGUUUCUUUACGACAUUGUACGAGCAGGGGUCAGCCGUGGAUGUCCAUACAAAAUGGUGCGUAAAAAGAUUGACAAUCGUAUCCGGGUGUUGAUAGAGAAUGGGGUGACUCUCGGCCAUCGGUCCAUGUUUGUGGUGGUUGGAGACCAUGGUAAAGAUCAGGUUGUGAUUUUACAUCACAUGCUAUCUAAGGCAGUUGUCAAGGCUAGACCAUCGGUGCUAUGGUGCUACAAAAAAGAACUGGGCUUCAGCAGCCAUCGCAAGAAACGUAUGAAGCAACUACAGAAGAAGCUCAAGAGUGGUGCCUUAGAUGUUAAAGAAGAUGACCCAUUUGAGUUGUUCAUUGCUGCAACUAACAUCCGCUACUGUUACUACUCAGAAACUCAUAAGAUCUUAGGAAAUACAUACGGCAUGUGUGUACUGCAGGACUUUGAAGCUAUGACCCCUAACCUCCUGGCCCGUACCAUUGAGACAGUAGAGGGGGGUGGUAUUAUCGUUAUACUUGUCCGCACAAUGGCAUCUCUGAAGCAGCUGUACACAAUCUCUAUGGAUGUUCAUUCACGAUACCGCACAGAAGCACACCAAGAUGUUGUAGGCAGAUUCAAUGAAAGGUUUCUGUUAUCCCUUGCAACGUGCAGACGUUGUAUGGUCAUUGAUGAUAAGCUCAACAUUCUACCUCUCUCAUCUCAUAUUCUGGCCAUCCAAGCUGUACCGCCCAAAACUAUGGCUGACACUCUGAGCCCAACUGAAGCUGAAUUGAAAGACUUGAAGGCGUCCUUACAAGACACACAGCCUGUCGGUGCAUUAGUCAACCGUACCAAGACACUGGAUCAAGCCAAAGCUUUACUCAAGUUCGUUGAAGCCAUCUCAGAGAAGACACUGCGUAGCACUGUGUGUAUGACAGCGGCUAGGGGUAGAGGCAAGUCAGCCGCUUUGGGUCUCGCUAUGGCUACAGCUGUGGCAUUUGGGUAUUCCAACAUCUUUGUGACUGCACCCAGCCCUGAGAAUCUACGAACUCUCUUUGAAUUUGUCUUCAAAGGAUUUGAUGCAUUAGACUAUCAGGAGCAUCUUGACUAUGAGUUAGUCCAGUCUACCAACCCAGAAUUCAACAAGGCUAUUGUUAGAGUCAACAUAUACAGGGAACACAGGCAGACAAUACAGUACAUCCAUCCUGGUGAUGCAGUCAAGCUAGGCCAAGCUGAGCUAGUCAUCAUAGACGAAGCAGCGGCUAUCCCACUACCAUUAGUCAAGGAACUACUGGGACCAUACCUUGUAUUCAUGUCAUCAACCGUUAAUGGAUAUGAGGGGACAGGACGCUCUCUGUCAUUGAAGUUAAUUCAGCAGCUGAGGCAGCAGAAUGCAUCAUUUGGUGGCAGUGGCAAGACACAGGCUAGGACUAGCAUAGAGGCUGGGUCAUCAGCUACAGGUCGUAUUCUACAUGAGGUUUGUCUUGAGGAGUCCAUUCGUUACAGUGUGGGCGAUGAAGUAGAGCAGUGGUUGAAUAGUCUGCUGUGCCUGGAUGUGGCUAGUGUACCACGCAUAUCUUCAGGAUGCCCAGUGCCACAAGACUGUGACUUAUACUACAUCAACCGAGAUACAUUGUUCAGUUUUCACAAGGCUUCUGAAGUAUUUCUGCAGCGUCUGAUGUCCAUAUAUGUAGCAGCUCACUACAAGAAUACACCCAAUGAUUUGCAGCUUCUAUCUGAUGCUCCAGCACAUCAUGUCUUUUGCCUACUGGGACCAGUAGAUCCUACACAAAAUAGUCUACCUGAAAUACUUUGUGUACUACAGGUGUGCUUAGAAGGCCAGAUCUCCAAGCAGACUAUCCUGUCUAGCUUAUCCCGAGGCAAGAGGGCUUCGGGAGAUCUCAUUCCAUGGACCAUCUUACAACAGUUUCAAGACAAUGAUUUUCCCAGUUUAUCCGGUGCUCGGGUUGUGCGGAUAGCCACACAUCCUGACUACCAAGGGAUGGGUUAUGGGUCCAGGGCCUUGAUGUUACUACAGAGGUACUAUGAGGGUCAAUUCCCUAAUCUAGGAGAGACUAGUACAACGCCAUCAGGAUUGAAUACUGUGGAGAGUGAGGAGGUUGAUUUGAUGGAGGAAGUGAUUGGACCGAGGAGGAACCUUCCUCCGCUGCUAUCCAAGCUGAAUGAACGACCUGCUGAGAAGUUGGACUACCUAGGAGUAUCAUUUGGAAUCACAUCACAGCUACUCAGAUUUUGGAAGAAGGCUGGCUUUGUGCCCGUGUAUCUCAGGCAGACACCUAAUGACCUGACCGGUGAGCAUUCCUGUAUUAUGCUGAAGACCAUAAAUGAAGAGAUGACUCGUCAGCCAGACACUGAGUCAUGGCUAAUGGCCUUCUCUACAGAUUUCAGGAGACGGUUUGUGUCGUUGUGUUCCUAUCAGUUCCGCAGUUUUCAACCCUCUAUGGCACUGAGUAUACUGCAUCACAAAGAUUACAAGCCACAGACUCCGCCACUCCAAGCGGAUGAGCUGAGUUCUUACUGCAGCAAGUAUGAUCUACAACGACUGGAGUUGUACUCGCGUAACAUGGCUGAUUACCACCUGAUAAUGGAUCUAGUGCCUUCUAUUGCCAAGCUGCAUUCUCUGCAUAGGAUACAGGCACACCUAUCAGCAGUGCAGUCAGCAAUCCUGGUUGGGUUAGGAAUCCAGCACAAGACGGUAGACUGCCUUGCCAAAGACUUGGACCUGCCAUCCAGUCAGAUCUUGGCGCUCUUCAACCGUAUCAUCAGGAAAGUUGUUCAAGAGUUCACUGGGACCUUAGAGAGAGAGGUUGAGAGUACGAUCAUGACAGCAUCAGACAAAGAGGUGGUGAUGGAGCCAACCAGGCAAACAAUGGCCCAGGAUUUGGAGGAAGCAGCCAGCGAGAUUAAAGCUAAGCAGAAGAAGGAAUUGGAACGAUUGAAGCUUCUGGAUAUGAGUCAGUAUGCCAUCAAAGGACAGGAAGACGAAUGGAAGAAAGCAUUACAGUCUGGCAAGGCAAAGAGCAUGAUUAGCAUUCCUAGCAGUGAUAAGGAAGGUCCACAGACAAAGAAACAGAAAGUGGAUAGCCAGGAUGCGGAGUCAACAAAAGGCAAGAAGAAGAAGAAGAAAGUCAAGCUAGCCAAGUCAGCUAAGAACUAAUGAAUACAACGAUGCCAUGCAACAUUUAGUUUUUAAUCAUUUCAUGAGAUACACGCAGUGGCA